GGAAACGAUAUGAGAAAGUACUCAAACUUGAACGUAGAAGUUCUAGCUGAGUAUCGCAAAACGGCGACCUUUUCCGGCUGAUUUUGAGUUUCAAUAUACAUUUUUCAGUAAGAUAUAGGUGGAUAGAAAAUCUGUACAUGAGUCCUAAUAUAGUUUUUAGCUUUAUUUCACGCGAGUUCAUCGUCCUUCGAGUAACAAUAACAUAACAACAAGCGGCAGAGUCAUACGCUUCUCCCAGCCAAAACCUGUAUUGUUGUGAUGUAGAAGAAGUUUCAUUGGUUGCGAUACAGACCUUGAGCGAGUAGUUCAUUUAUCUUCACGGCAUAAGACAGUAAGAGAAAUUUCACGAGACGCUUAGCCGAUCAGUAUCUGUAGAGAAUGUCGUGGACGAGUCACCAGCAACAAAGUUUUAGUAUAGACAUUGUAGUUAGUUUGUCGUUUCAGUAUUAUUUUCUUUCGAGCUUAGAGCUAGACCACUUUCCUUCAAAAAAUUGUUUCUUCUCGUUUCUCCGCUAACGCUAUCUUCCCUACCGCUAAAUCACAUUUGAAGUUCGACAGCCAAUUUGAUCGGAUCGAUAGAGAUACACUGAAAAACUCAAACAAAAAAAGCAUUUUGGACACCUAAGUUACAUUUCAGCACAAGAUGGGCGCCGCGCUCCGGCUGUGGCAGGGCGAAAGCAACCUCGAGCAAUAGAGAUUUGCUUCCUUUCAUCCGCACUUUGGAGCUUUAGAAAUUGCCGGAUAAAUACAACGGUGGACGCUCGCGAAUAAGCGUCCACAUCUACGGUCCGGCGCAACAAAAUUUAAGUUUUGAACGAAGAGAAAGAGAAACGCGAAUCAGAGUCACGCUUGUGACCUCCGACUAGCUCAAGCAAUUUCUCUACUAGCACUGCUACCGCCAAGUGUAGUGAAGAAGACCGAAUAAAGAGCAAGACGUCCGCGACCUGGAUAAUUUUCGAUAAAAAAGCAGGAGACUCUACUUCUUCUUUCUCCCUGCUACCGAUCAUACCAAGCCUAGCAUGGCUACGCCCGCGAAGCCACGGCGCUGCUGGGCCGAUGAGAGCGAAGACUUGGGAAGUCCGGAGCUGGAGCCGCUACCCAGUCUCCACACGAAGCCUGACUUUCAGCUCAGCUCGGAACCGGUCCCCGGGAAAGCUUCAAAGGAUGUAUAAUUAUAGAGCCAGACUUGUUUCAUGCUUUCUGUAGUAUCGAGCCAUAGUAAUCAUGCCCUCUGCUUCGAAUAGAAGAUCAACAUCAAGAUUGUCUUUGUGUCUACUGAUUUUUUCCUCGUCUUGUUGAGAUGAAAAUGAAUAUGCAAUAAAAGAACAAACCUUCACAGACCUCCGUCUCGCAGUCCAAUGUGUCCUACCCGGUGGACUGUUGGAACCUCGCCCUGUCCGUGACGGGGAAUGACAUCGAGCGUUUUCUCCGGAAUUUCGGCAUCGAACCGGUGGAGAACAUAUCCUGUGCAAAAGUAUCGCACUCGUAUUGCAGUCAUGCAUUACAAAUCUUUUUCUUAAGGUAAAUCAGCAUUACAAAUUUUUUCUCUCAUGCUGAGAAAAUUUGUAAUGCAUUUAUACGAGUACAAUACUUUUGCAAUUCAUAGAACAGUUCGGUCCGGCGAGGAAAAACGGCGUAUAAAAUGUAAAAAUGUCUGGGUCUGGAAACUUGUGAUGCUGUGUGGCGUAUCAUGAGGAGGCGACAAUUGCUGGCUCAGCAUGACAAGUUUCUGAGCUUCUAGGUGUUGCCUAUUCUGCAUGACAAACUACGUUUCUGCAUGACAGAAAAGUGGGGCUCUUUGGUAAUGUGCAUGACAGAUUUAAGAGUCAUGCCAGACAAGCAUGACAAACUUGCAUUCUUCCAGACCCAGACAUUUUUACAUUUGAUACGGCGGAGGCGCGAACCAAAGAAGAGGUCUGCAUCACUAUCCUGAGGAAAAUAUGGGUCCCCACCCGACACAACGAACCCGACUAGAGAAUGGGCCUCAACAUGGGGCCGCUACGCAUGAGAAAUAUUUUAGGCUUGCAAUAAUCUGCAUGGCAAGUCUACCAGGGUGGGACCCCCAUUUUUGCUCAUGGGAUAAUCCCCGUCCAGCUGGCGUCCGAGGAGGGAUUUCAGAAGGCGCUGAAGUUUUCCCCGAUCACCCUGAAUAAAUCCAUCGACCCGACCAGGUCGACUGCGCACAUCGUGAAAGCAGACGAGACGCUGGUGGAGCUCCCGAGCGAGCUUUUCGAGGAGUCGAGAAAUAAAUCUUCUGCGGGCGGCGGGUCGUACAGCAAAGGCGGAGCGAGCUCGUCGAAACAGAACAACUACAACGACCGGGGGAACAAUGACCGAUAUGAUACACGAAUCUAGCUAAAUUUUCUAUCUCCGGUGUAAUUUUUAUGUCGGAGAAUUCUAAUGCGCAUAAUUUUGCACAAAAUGUUGCCUUUCGCCUUCUGCCCACCUGAUUCAGCAUGAGAACGAGAAGUCUGGUUGUGUAUUUUGUUCAACUUGUCGUUGUCACGUGUAAGUAUAUGUUCUAUCUUGUACUACGUACAACGGUCGUAACAAAUCGUCUAAAUUCGUGUUGCAUAAUCCCUACCGCGACGAUCGUGACCCGCGCGAUCAGCGACGCGGCGACCGGAACAACUUUAAGGGAGAUCGCGACAGGAACGACAAGGGCGGCAGGGACAUAUGCAUCGCAAAACAAGCAUCUUCGUUGUUGUACUAAAUGUAAAUAUAAUUUGUAUCUUCUAUAUGCAAGUUUUUCCAGAAUGAAAAGCUGAAUUUGUAGGAUCUGUCAUGCGAUAAAAUUACAGCAAUAAAUAGUGCAACGAGUGCGAAGAUACUUUUCUUUGCAGUGCAUAAGGCGACCGACGCGACCACAAGGGCGGCGGCAAAGAAUCGUCAAAAUACGACAAAUACGGGAGCAGUUCGGCGGGAGCAGGUACAAACAUCAGACUUUUACACACGGUUUGUUCCACAAUCACGACAACAGACUGGGAGGAAAGAAGCUCUAGGGGACGGUCGGGGACAGGACUACACGAAGGAUCGUAAAUCUUCUUCUAACCCCAUCUUUUACAAGUACUUACACGUCGUGCUGGGGAAGCAAGCAGUAAAAACGAAGAGCUGAAUCGAUAUUGCAAUAUCAUUUUUAGCAACCUAGAAAGAUCUGUCCUCGUUUUUCAUUUUUGAUCCGCACUUCUAGACACGGCUCCUGCAAGGAUCACGACCUAAAAGAUGACUAUUCAUCUCUCCAGUGGGAUGUAAUUGGGCUCUUGACAGAAGAUCAAAUGAGGUGGAUUCUGUUCCUGUGCCACCCUCAGACCAAACCGAUGAGAACAAGAAGAUCACCUAUCUUCACCUAUUUCCGUGAUCUUCUCUUCUGUGUUGGUACUACAAAAAAUGACACUCAUUUUAUGGCCACCCUGUGGGUCCCCGUGCGGGAGGUCAUGGUCUUCAUUUUUUCAUGCUCUACUUGUUUUACUACAUCCUGUAUCUUUUUUCGACUAUCUUUUAGAUGCGCAAACGCCGCUGCCCCGACCCGACCGGGCUGCUCAGCAUUUGAUCCCGCGGAUCACUCCGGAAACGAAUCGCACGGCUGCGCAUCAAUUACCCCCGACGCCCCAGACGUGUAUCGCGCGGAAAACCACUUUGCGCCUAGAGGAUCAACUGUUUCUACAGACCCUCACCCACCAGAUGGCCCAGCAUCCGAACGACUCUGCCGGCGCCUUGGGCGCGCUGCUGAAAACUUGUGCCAGCGGACUGAGUCCGAUUGAAGGCAGCGAGGAGGACGGCGCGGGGAGGUGUACUAGAUCUUCGGGAGGAGCCGGAGACGUGCAUCAGCGAGGCACAGCCCCCGGCUGCACAGGAGGGGGAGCUUCUAAGUUGCAUCAGGGGGCCCAGGCUGGUGAGCACCAGCAAUUUAAUCCACGUCACAACGUGGACCACACUCACGGAAUCAUGGGCCGAAACGACCACGCGAGCAGCGCGAUAUCAAAGAUGAACAACUCAUCUGGAGAAAAUCAUACUCAUAGUAGCCACCUCGUCCACCCGAGCAGCUAUCAAGACCGUGUUCAGAAUUACAAUAAGCUCCAAAACUGGGGGGCCGGCGGCGGCGCGCACAGCCAGCACAGUAGUGGAGCCGGGCAUAAUAAACCCCCUGCAGGUCCGACCGCCCCGCCGGGUAACAACAUUUCUAACAGUAGCUACGGUUCUGGAGGUAGCUACGGAGGAGGUAGUUCUGGCUACAAUUGCCACAACCACAACAGUUACAGUAUCCUCCGGCAAUAUCAAUAUCAUGCCUGGGUCUAGAAAACAAGUGCAACUUUUGUCAUGCACGUUUUGCAUAACCCAUGACGUCUACCGUGAUGUAUCUCAAUCGAAUUUUUACAAGGCUUCUCGAACUCGUUCGCUACCCCGCAUGAGAAAUGCCCUCUCGUCCGCGUACGAUGACCGGCUGGAUUCCUUCUGCUGGUCAUGCAAAAAUACACAAGAUUUUCUUGGAACAAUCGGGUCAUGCCUUUGGAUUGAAUCGAAAGGCAGCCUCACAAGUUCUUGCAACCUUUCGUAGACGACCCAGGCAUCAUAUUUGCACUGGAUAUUAAACAACACGCGGGGCCGGACGUGGUCAACGUACAGUGGCAAUGAGCAGUACAGUAAAUUUUCGCCGAAUCCGAUUAAAAACACGACUCCGCAGCCCUGUCCGGAGUGGCUGUCACAGCAACAACAGGGCGGCCAACGGAACAAUAAGACUUCUGGAGCGUUUCCUGGGAGAAGCCGAAGCAACACGAACAGCUGCACAACUACUGACGCAGCGGGAUAUAACCAUGAGCGAGGAGACCACCACAUUACCCACAAGAACUCAACGACCGCAAGUAAGGGCGGCGGCAGCGGUAAAAAUAUUAUGCCGUCCAGUGGCAAUGCUCACGACGAUAGUUCAGGUACUAUGCUGCAGUCGCAAAAUCAAAUUUCGAGCUUUGACUACGGGGCGUCCUCGGCAGGAGCGGAUCAUCAACAAAUGGCCACGACCGCGGGUGCUGGAAAGAAUACCACUGAUGGCGACCAUCCGCGGCGCUCGAGCCAUCACACGUCGACGUAUCCGCAGAGCCACGGGGGCGCCAGUAGCUACCACGGUCGAGAGACGCGGGUCGUCGGGCCUCCAGGGGGCGAUCAGCAUAUAGGACUAAUUGGAGCUGCAACAAGCAAUGCAAUGGAUAGCUCGUGGCUGCACAGAGAGGACAUAGUUGAUGAAAACAGUAAAAACCUGCACGAAGGACGAGCUGCUCCUGCUGUGGCGGGUGAAAGCAAUUAUGAGCUCCACCAGAGUUCAUCUUCCUGUGCUACAACUCGUGGCCCGCCCGGUCGUAGCAGCGCAGUAAGUCGUAGCUCUGUGAACAAGAAUGAUACGACUUCAUCUUCGAUCCACCAGCCCAAUGCGGGCGGCCCCGGCCCCCGCAGAUCGUCGCAUCAUAAUUACGGCACUUCUCACGAAAAUGAUUCCUCAGGCCGCGACUUGAUGCGGGGAGAGCAGCAGGGAAUCAAUCAUCAGAGUGGCUACGGCAACAGUUCAUGCGCAAGAACUUCCACUCGCGGUGGAGAUAAUCUUCAUGAUUUUUACCCGACGAGUUCCUCAACUACAUUGGGCGCCGCAGCGGCCGCCAAGGGCGGCGCGGGUCCUGCUCAGUGCGAGGACAUCAACACGACUCAUCAUGCGGCUUUAGCGACAAGCAGGACCACCUCCACUACUUCUGGUGCUCAACAACACCAGCGCCAACAUCUUCCCCUACAAGUACAACAACCCCACCCGGACCGGGCCAGUGUAGUUACCGGGCGCAGCAACUCGAUGUGGUCCAACUACCCGGCCUCUGCGGGGCGGCCGUCGCUGUACGAACGAAUGAACCCGCCGGCGGACUACGCUGUUGGCGCCUCCAUCAUGGACCGCAAAAUGAGCGGCGUGAUCUUCGAAUACGCAGAUCUCGGCUGCAGCAUGGUCAACGAGCACCAGAGAGCUCUGGCCGCUGCGACGCAACAGAGUCAGGGAGGUGCAGCUGGAACUAUACUUUCUACGAGUAACAACAAAUACGACGUAAUUCUUGGUGGGACCAGCACGAGCAAUGGGAGUGCAAAUGCUACCACUGCUAGUGCGCAAAUAGUACAUCCGCGAAGAUCAUCCCAGCACACCGAGUGCGGCGCCGGGACAACUACAUUUGUAAAUGCCCCCCCUGCAACGCCGAAAGGGGGUAGGGAAUGGUUUGGGACCAACUAUAUGCCGUCUGGAGGAGGAUCUUCAAAUCAUGGAAAUACAAACUGCAACUGGAGCAGCCAGACUAAUUACAACCAGCAACGGAGGUCGAGUCACUGCAACGCAGCCGGCAUGGGUGGCGGCGGCGGGGGCCUUGGUGCGAAUUAUAGUCCAUAUUACACUAGUAGAUUUGUUUGCUCAUAUUAAAAGUAGAGAGUCCAUGUCACUCGUCCCAACGAGAGGACCACAGCUGUGUUUUUGUACUUUUGUUCUCGGUAGUUUUUGCUUUACGUUGUUUUUACGUGCUGUUUCAUCUUAGACGAUGCGUCUUCAGAACUUCUUCUACCGCAAACUCAAUACGAAUACGGCCCUUCGCCUUUCCGGACAAUAAAUAAGUACAGGAAGAAAGCAUGGCAGGCUCGCAAAAACCCCACACGAGAAAGGCAGAUCUCAGGAUCCUCUAUAGAUAAGUACAGAUCUUGUUUGAAGAUCAUGAUCAAGAUCCCACGACAGGCUGUAUCGUCUAAGAUCACUGCAAGAUCCAGAACUGCAGGCCAGUUUUGGGCCUGCUGAGAUUUCACGCACCUGAUGCAAAACCCAACGAGGUUCUAGAUGUGAAGGUUUUUUCAUCUGCAGAGUCACAUAGAUACUCUUACUCACUCAAAGAUCUCGUCCUACUCCCAGUUUCUAGAACGAUCGAACAGAGACAGACAACAAAAUUUUGUAAUGACAUAUGACAAGAUCAACAUCAAACUUCUGCUCAGUUGCCAGGCGCGAAUCCAAUAUCGAACGAAAAACUAACAACAAGGAAGCCAAACUGGAGGCAAAUUCGCUAUCGUCCCUUCCAUCGUGAAGAUGUAGUUGGAGGUCUCUUUGUUGUGUAGUUUCUUCCAUCGUCGUAGGUCGUUGCAGAUUUUUUCGUUUCUCUUUGCGACUUUUUUCACACCUCCCGAAUGCUGAUCUUCUUUUCCAUUCCUGCAACAUCCCCGAUUUAUCCACCACAUAACGAACCCUACUACAGGUUACGACGAGGGGCCUCGUCGGGGGGAGAAAUACCACAGCAACAAGGGGCAAAGCGACAAUUACGAAGGCCGCGGAGGUGGUAAUAACGCCAAUAAUUAUGGCGGUGGCGAUGUCCGUGGCUACGGCGGUGGCGCCGGCGCGGCGCAUAACAAAGACAACGCCUACGGGGGCGGACAGGGCCUUGCAAAAGACAAAGACGGCGGGCAUUACGGGGCGGGCACUGCGGGGACCAAAGAUAACUACGGCGGCGCAGCUGCUGGAAAUGCGCGAGGCGGGGGCUAUUCGCAACCGUCAAACGCGGGUGGGCCGAAGGGAGGUACAGAUGAAGUUCUGCACUUUCACGAAGAAGUAGACCGGGGUGGAUUAAUACCUACGUCGACUUUCUGAUGUUUGAGUUUGCGUUUGUAGUCUCCUAAUGAAUAGUACAAGUUUCAGAAAAAAUGAGGUCGCUCUUCAGGUAUUGAAAUAAGGCAAAGACAGGAAACUUCGCAGGGCUCUCUCACUCUCGCAUACGUGCAGCACCAGCAAGUCAUGCUUUGACUUUGUCUUUGUAUGUUUGUGAAGAUGCACGGUCGUCCAUCAUCAAUAGUACACAAGUACUAUCGUACACAAGUACUAUCGUCCGUUGAAAAAAAAAUCAGGUGGUAAAAGCAAAGCGUAUUGGGACCACACGAACCCACAAAGCCCACCCGAGUUUAACCGCGGCCAGCAACAGAAUUAUGGCGGCGGCGGUGGCGAUUCCGUCAGCAGUAUUGAGAACUGCUAAAUAGCGACGUUGUGAAGAUUUAUAUGUGGCAAUUUGAAGUUGUGGAGGUAUGCUAUCACAACUGCAUGACAGUUUAGAAGUCUUAGUCGUCUCAUUAGUUUCGCUGCAUGUUGACAGUCGCAGUCCCAUCACCACUGCUGCAUCGAAUGAAAUUCAGAUAUCGGCAGCGAAGUUCCAACGGACAUAGCGUCGACUGCGCCGCCCGGUUCCCGCCCACGGUUGAACCUGAAGCCUAGGACAAAGCCCAUCGACAUAUCAAGUGUAAAAAUGUCUGGGUCUGGAAGAAUGCAAACUUGUGAUGCUGUCUUUGGAUUCUAAAAAGUUCUGUAUUGCAUGACCAGUAAGGGGAGUCCAGUUUGCGCUAUCCGGGAAGGGCAUUUCUCAUGCGGAGUACGCAUCAGGAAGCCCAAUAAAAAUCUGUGAUGCUAGGUCAUGCAUUACAGGCAUCAGGGGUUAUGCAAUAUGUGCACCACAAAGCUCUCAUUCUUCCAGACCCAGACAUUUUUGCAUUUGAUACGACAAGCCUCCAGACGAUCCCCUAGCCAGGUGGUGGGACAGGUACUAUUAUGAAGGAAUAUUCUUCAUCUAGGUCAUCUUCACCUGUCUCAAUUAUUAUGACAUGCCUUGCUUUUGAGGCUCGUGGUCAACAUCCUGAUUAUGGUACGAAAAACACCAAGCUGCAGAACCUCUAGUUCAUUCUACUCCACCAUGUUUCAAACAAUUUACAGAAAAGACGGGCCUCCCCAGUCCCCGGCCACUGCUACCACCCCCGGAACCACGGUGCCGCCCAACCAGCCGCCAGGUGGAGAGAGCAGCAGUAGCAAGCAGACCGUGGACGCGACAAAAACGACGUCUGCGAGCACGACCGAACUGCCCCAGAAAACCUUCAGCUACAGCCAGUUUAACGACAAGCAGAAAUCUUCCCGAAACACGACAAACAACAACGCAGCGACCACUCCGGGGGACAAUAGCUACAAGGAGCUCUCUGGAGGUGACCCACAUCCCAAGCACCUAGACGACGGAGCAGGUGCGAGUAACGCCAAAGAUAGUAACUACAAAGACGGCGAGGCGAAGGACGGAGGCGGCAGGAGAAGCGGCACGAAAGAGAAAAACUCCAAGAACAGGGGGGCAGGUGAGAAUUUGCAAAGGCGAGACUGAUGCUCGAAGUAGAUCUCGAUUAUUCAUUGGCUCCUGUAGUAUGUACAAGGGGUUCUACUACGGGCCUACUUAUUAAUUUUGAUUUUUCAACUACUACUGCCCCAUAGUACAUUAUAAACUCACAUCAUUGCCGCAGGUGGCGCUCGACUAGAAAUUCUUUAAUCUUGAAUUUAUUUUGACAUGAAAGAAAUUGCUUUGCUUGCCUAAUAUUCGACAAACUCCCUAUUAGGUCGCGAAGCGAAGAAGUCUUACAGUGGGCAGAACUGGCAGGGUUAUGAGGACUGGGAGUGGGAAGAGUGGGAAAAGCAGCAACAGUCUACCAACACGGGCGGGGGUGGCGGAAAAAAGCGCAAAGACCGAGAAAGGGGAAGGGGUACUUCUAGUUCUUCAAGUUCUGCUUUUACAACAAGAGUUUUAUAGUAUUGAAAAUCGAGCAUACUCAUGAUCUACUCCGCCAUGUUUUCCAUACUUAACCUUAAGAUAAGUACACGGAGUUCCAGUUUGAUGAAAAAAAUUUCGGUAAAUAUUGAUACUGAAAUAUUCAUGCACUCCCAAGCUGAGCAACUUAUUUUCCAUGAUGAAUGCUAUGCUCACUUUUGAUUUUACUAUCUAAAUUCGUUUCCGUUUCCACACCAAACAGCGUCCAAUAGCGCCGCCAGCGAAGCCUCUGCGUGGUCAAAGAAGCAGGGCGAGAGCCCGGAGCACCCCGGGGCGGCGAGUAACAAGCCGCACUUGAAUGAGCAGGAAUACCCCUCACUCAGCCGACCAGACCAGCUCUCCCGGGCGGACGCAGACACGUCGUGGCGGAAGUGAAACCGCGAGCCGCUUUAUUUGUAUCCUCGCAAAGAAAAAACUUCAACAGAAAUGUUGUUCCCGGGUCCUCCACCCUACGUCUUGAACAUUAUUAUACCAAAAUAGAACAUGAACUCUGCGAACAAAGGGGAGCAGAUGGUAUCAAGAUAUUGAAGAAAAAACUCGAUAAAACAGCAAACAGGUAAUUACAUGUCAAAUAGGUCGAAGUGUCUGAAUACGAUGAUAGAAUAAGGGAAACUGCAUGUGAGCAGAUAAAACAACAACGAGAUUAUUUUUAGCCUAGUUAAUAGCACAAUAUGAUGCGAAGCAGUAACUAAAGACUCACUACUAGCGUAAUAGGUCGAGAAAUCGAAUGAUCUACUCGCAAAACAAAGUCACGUGGCGAGUAAGACAUUUGGUUUAUCUCGAAGUUUCGACGACAAUUAUUUCAUGGCAGAAAACUUUCGCACUUCUUCAUGUGAAGAUGCUGAUCAUCGUGAUUGAUCAAUAACUCGACGAUGCUGGACGUCAACUGCUCGCAACCCUAGAAUACUCGCCUUUUUUUUCUUUAUGUGCUUCUUUUUUGAAAAAUGAAUGGCUACAACGAAAAAACUUUUACGAUUAGAUUUGUAGGAAUAAGCAAAAGUCAUAAUGUACUUGUAUCUACUAUCACCAGCAAACAGACGAAAUUGAAUCCAUACGUCUGAAUUUUGUUUUUGUACGACACCUCGAGCGAUUCUUUUUUACCCUUUCGCAUCUUUUUUCGCGACAACCUUCCCUUCGCUUCAGCAUCAAAGAUACGCGACCACUGUAAUCUCCAGCUUCAGGUAAGAACGAGAACCCCAACAACAACUUGAUUGUUUUAUUUAAUACUACAGGGCAACCAUGUGGUUUAUUGUUGGUUCGGGUUCAUCGGAUUCGUGUCCAGGUACUAGUGCAAACCCGCCCACAGCUCGUGCGGGCGUGCGAUCAUUGGAGGCCUUGUGCACCUUUCCGACGGCGCAAAUCACAAUGAAUUUACUCCUUCGCGAAAAACCUUCAAGUUGUACGUACCGACUUGUUUGACUAGCGUAUCCGAUCGGGUGAGCUUCUUCUCCGCCACAGCCUGUCAUCUGCCCUUUCGUGCAGCUAGUUCCCCGACGUCCGGGGUAGUUAUAUCCAGAUGAAGCACUACACGCAAUGAUCGAGCCCGUGAAUACAAUAUCGGCUCUGAUCUAUUUGCCGUGUGGAUGCAGUUCGUUGCAAAAAAAGCUCUCUGGUAUAAUUUCCCUUGGUGUCGUUGAACGCCUCCUGUCAAUGGUGCAGCGUAGAGUUGUGUUUCAUCCUCUGUGAGGAUAUUGCCGGUCGGACUUGCUCGCUGUUUUAUUCGACUUCCAGGACGAUGAAUUUCAAAAUGAACCAACAAGCUUCAGCGACUCCGGUUCGCAACUAUUUCUAUUACGACCAAACAAAGAAUGCCUUGUAUCUAAGUACUUUCAAGGUUUUAAUAUUUUCGCACGACACGAACGGCGCAGGUUAAUAUUUCUCGACGAAUUGUGAUCUGGCGCAGGUGUCUCUACUACUGAAAAUAGAGAUGCGACUUGGAUAAAGACGAGGAUUUCACACGACAUCACGACAUCAUUCUCGAGGACUACAUUGUGGUCAAGAAGAACGACUGCUCAUUUGACAAAUUUCUUUACGCGACGCUGAGAAUGAGGAAGAUGACAUAGACAAGAAGUUUAUGAAAGUGGAGUGGUAUAUAGAUGAUACACCGACCAAUACGCUCGUAGUGGAGGUCCUUGCCCUUCCACCUGUAAUGACAAAUCAAUCCAAAAAAUUCAUGAUUUCUAUCAACAUCACCACGACGCAGAAGGUUAUUGGUACUAUGAUCACGACGACGCAGCAGGCGAUGACCCAACUACGAGAAGAACUACAAAGUAAUGCCUUUAAUAGUAAUUUUGAGAAAGAA